ACUCAAACUGAGUAAACAUUCAUUUAAAGAGAGGAAGAGUUGACUCUUCAUUUAUAUCGCUUAGCAACGGAAAGAAAAGUUUAUGUAGAUAAAACCGAUAAUCUUAUCAGAGUUUUAAGUGCUGACGAAAGAUCAUCGCCGCGAAAGGUUGUUUUCGCUCAUUCUUGUGCCGGCUAAUCAACGUCUCGUAGCGAAGAUCCACCUUUAAGUCAAAAAUAGUGGAUUGACUUUAUAAUAAUCGAAGGGAUGUCACAUACCGCCUAAGUGCUGCUGUGAGCCAGAUUUAUUGUCAAUUUUAUUGGUUAUAAAGUCAUGGAUUGUCAAUCCCACCGCAUCAACACCGUAGAACAUCGGCCACCUUCGUUGUCUGUAUCUUCCGCGCAAGGAGAAACAGAAAGAAAGCGAAGAUCAUCAACAAACGCGUCCCAACAUUCUGGUGUCAAUAGGUUUUCUCCUGACAGGAGCGACCGAAGGAAGCCAUCCAGUAUAGCGACGCCAUUCCUGUAUUCUUCUAGCGGUCGCAAAGUAUCUAGCAGUGUAUCUGCAAGGCUCGACCCCAUAGACACUGCGGCCUCGAAGAACAAGGAAAGUGAAAUCUUACCGACCUAUCGAAUGGCACCGCAAGCCGACAGAAAAUUUCGACCUCAAGUUGUCAAGAAAAUCAUGGAUGAAGCUUUUGAAGAGAGCCUUGACGCACUGAACGGGUAUGAUUCAGUGAAAUGUCGCGCGCUUACUACACAAGUCUGCGAAGAUAUCAAACAAAGGGUAAAAUGGCUGAAUUUUGAACGCUGUAAGCUAAUUUGUUUGGUGCAUAUUGGCUCGGUUAACGGUCAAGGUAUGAGAGUAGCUAGCCAGUGUCUCUGGGAUCACACAGUAGAUAACUUUGCUUCUACAACAUACAGUAAGGGCGACAUUUUCGCGGUCGCAUUACUCUUUGGAGUUUACAAGGAGUAAUUCAUUUGACCGCUGUUCUUUUCCAAUGGCCAUAAGAAACUGUUUUGGUAAAACUAGGAACAUUAACCGACUGUAAAUAGUAUUAAUAUAAGGUCUGAUGUAUGCAUGUACAGUCAUAUAGAAGGAUAAGGAAGAGUUGGCCGAUAUAAUAUGGCAGCCUAUUGAGUAACUAAAUAACAUUUCCAGUGGUGGUAGUUUCCGAUAUAUUUGAAAACUGCAUCAAAAUCCUCUCGUCAGAAUAACCUCAAUACUGAUUCAACUUCUAUUUUUACUGCAACGUGUCCUUGCACAAAUUGGAUCUUGCGAUGGAAUGGUUUUUAUUUCUAAUCUAAUAUUGCUGAAUUGUGUUUCAACAUUCCAUUAUUAUUACUCUCCUUAUGUAUUAACGGAUUACAAUUGAGCUACUUAUAAUAAAAUCGUUAAUUUAGCCCAUGCAGCGGUUAAGACAAUGAACGCAAAGGAUAUUUCAAAUCACUACAGGAAAACAAAAUAAAUAAUAAAUGUUAGGAUAAAUAAGUAUUUUCUCUUAUUAUAAAGCAUCGAAUUCUCCGAUACACCAAUCACAGCUUGAGAUUCAAACACAAGAAAAGGAACCACUGGAGGCAGAAGGCGGGAACUUUAUUUAUCAUGUAGCUGGUACCACCUGCGGGCAUUAUGAAGCGAAUCCUGUGUUCUAAUUGGCUACCCGAACAGGCAAGAUGGGCCCAUCUUGCCCGCUGAAGAUUGCCCGCUCGAGAUUGCCCGCUCGAGAUUGCCCGCUCGAGAUUGCCCGCUCGAGAUUGCCCGCUUUGAUCCCGGGCAGAAAAAAAGUGCGUGGAGCGGACUAACACUGAAAAUGUGUAACUUCAUACAAUGCUAGGGUUGAAGUCGUAAAAAGUGGCAGAGGACGGUCAAACUGAUAAGGAAAACAUAAACGACCCUCGUGGGUUUAUUGGGCUUCA